AUGUUAAGUCCCGAACGUAGACCAUCCAUGGCCGAACGUCGUCCAUCAUUCUUUAAUUAUAACCAGAACGCGAGUCCUUUGGUGGUCCCACAUUUAGCUGGGAUUGAAGAUCCCUUACCGGCUACUACCCCGGAUAAAGUAGAUGUUUUAAUUGUGGGAACAGGUAUGGUAGAAAGUGUGUUAGCGGCAGCAUUAGCCUGGCAAGGUUCUACUGUACUUCACAUUGACAAAAAUGACUAUUAUGGAGACACUUCUGCCACUUUAACCGUAGACCAAAUCAAACGAUGGGUAAAUGAAGUCAACGAAGGUUCGGUAAGCUGUUACAAAAAUGCAAAACUGUACGUAUCCACGCUCAUUGGUAGUGGCAAGUAUUCGUCGAGAGAUUUCGGUAUUGACCUCUCUCCAAAGAUUCUAUUCGCAAAAUCAGAUUUAUUGUCAAUUUUGAUUAAGUCCAGAGUUCACCAAUAUUUAGAGUUCCAGUCUUUGUCCAAUUUCCAUACUUUUGAAAACGACUGCUUCGAAAAAUUGACCAACACAAAGCAAGAAAUAUUCACAGAUCAAAAUUUGCCAUUAAUGACUAAAAGGAACCUAAUGAAAUUUAUCAAAUUUGUGCUCAACUGGGAAGAGCAAACGGAUAUAUGGCAACCUUAUGCAGAAAGGACCAUGUCCGAUUUUUUAGUAGAAAAGUUCAAAUUAGAAAAACCCCAAGUCUUCGAGCUAAUAUUUUCGAUUGGGUUGUGUUAUGAUCUUAAUGUAAAAGUACCAGAAGCCUUACAAAGAAUCCGUCGAUAUUUGACUAGUUUUGACGUUUAUGGGCCAUUUCCCGCAUUGUGUUCCAAAUAUGGUGGUCCAGGAGAAUUGUCACAAGGGUUUUGUAGAUCAGCUGCUGUUGGAGGUGCCACCUAUAAGCUGAAUGAAAAAUUAGUGUCUUUUAACCCAACGACCAAAGUAGCCUCAUUUCAAGAUGGCUCCAAAGUAGAAGUUUCCGAGAAAGUCAUAAUAUCACCUACCCAAGCCCCCAAAGACAGCAAGCACGUUCCACAGCAACAAUACCAAGUUCAUCGCCUGACCUGUAUAGUCGAAAACCCUUGUACCGAAUGGUUUAAUGAAGGCGAAUCUGCUGCCAUGGUAGUUUUCCCCCCAGGAUCGUUGAAAUCUGGUAAUAAGGAAGUGGUUCAAGCUUUCAUUCUUGGUGCCGGUAGUGAGAUUUGUCCAGAAGGAACCAUUGUAUGGUACUUAUCAACAACAGAACAAGGUCCACGUGCAGAAAUGGACAUCGAUUCCGCCUUGGAAGCAAUGGAAAUGGCUCUUUUGAGAGAGUCUUCAUCAGAAUUAGAAAAUAAUGACGAAAUUGUUCAACUGACGGGCAAUGGUCAUACAAUAAUAAAUUCCGUAAAACUGGGCCAAUCUUUCAAAGAAUAUGUCCCUAGGGAGAGAUUACAGUUUUUGUUCAAGCUUUAUUAUACUCAGUACACAUCCACACCACCAUUCGGUGUAGUUAACUCCUCCUUUUUUGAAUCCAAUCAAGAUUUAGAAAAGAAAUACAUCCCCGGUGCAAGUGAUAAUGGUGUCAUAUACACUACCAUGCCUUCUGCUGAAAUAUCAUAUGAUGAAGUUGUAACUGCAGCCAAAGUCUUAUACGAAAAGAUAGUUGGUAGUGAUGACGAUUUCUUUGAUCUAGAUUUUGAAGAUGAAGACGAAAUACAGGCAGGCGGUGUUGUGAACACAAAACAGUUUGAAAGCGCCAUUGACGACGACGACGACGAUGUUAUUAUGGAGGGUUCCGGGGAAUUUGUAGGUGAAAUGGAGAUAUGA